AUGGGGAGCAAGGCCCUGCCGGCGCCCAUUCCGCUCCACCCGUCGCUGCAGCUCACCAAUUACUCCUUCCUGCAGGCCGUGAACACCUUCCCCGCCGCGGUGGACCACCUGCAGGGCCUGUACGGUCUCAGCGCCGUGCAGACCAUGCACAUGAACCACUGGACUCUGGGGUACCCCAACGUGCAUGAGAUCACCCGCUCCACCAUCACCGAGAUGGCGGCGGCGCAGGGCCUCGUGGAUGCCCGCUUCCCCUUCCCGGCUCUGCCCUUUACCACCCACCUCUUCCACCCCAAGCAGGGAGCCAUUGCCCACGUCCUCCCGGCCCUGCACAAGGACCGGCCCCGUUUUGACUUUGCCAACUUGGCCGUGGCCGCCACGCAAGAGGAUCCCCCUAAGAUAGCAGACCUGAGCAAGCUGAGCCCGGGCUUGGGGAGCGCCAUCUCCAGCCUCAGUAAAUUGACUCCGGACAGAAAGCCCUCCCGAGGGAGGUUGCCCUCCAAAACGAAAAAAGAGUUUAUCUGCAAGUUUUGCGGCAGACACUUUACCAAAUCCUACAACCUGCUCAUCCACGAGAGGACCCACACCGACGAGAGGCCCUACACGUGUGACAUCUGCCACAAGGCUUUCCGGAGGCAAGAUCACUUGCGGGAUCACAGGUAUAUCCAUUCCAAAGAGAAGCCCUUCAAAUGUCAGGAGUGCGGGAAAGGAUUUUGUCAGUCUAGAACUCUAGCUGUUCACAAAACUUUACAUAUGCAGGAAUCUCCACACAAAUGUCCCACAUGUGGAAGAACCUUUAAUCAGAGAAGUAAUCUGAAAACUCACCUUCUCACCCAUACAGACAUCAAGCCCUACAGCUGCGAGCAGUGCGGCAAAGUGUUCAGGCGAAACUGUGAUCUGCGGCGGCACAGCCUGACUCACACCCCGCGGCAGGACUUCUAG